ACGGCUUAGGUGAAAUUCCGGCCUAGCCCUAACUCUGCCCACACAAGAUUCAACUUCCCACCGGAUUGUGCGCGACCGAAGAAAAGUUCCAGCCCCAGGACAAUUCAAGGUAAGGAGGGAUUUGAGCCAACAUCACGACAUCACCAAAUCAGUAAGUCUUCCUUCAUCUCCGCCAACCAGAUGAUCUUCUAAGAACACUUUCUAUAUAUUUCUUCUUUUUCUUUUUCAAUUGUCUCUUUGAUUAUCCCCAUCUCUCCGCCCGCCUUCUUAAUUAAUUAACCCACUCUUCUCUGACAACAAUCCUUAUUAGCACACCGUCACAAUGGGCGACGCAUCGAUCGAAUCUCCCGAAUGGCGCAAGGUCGAGGUCGGCCGUAUCGUCCUCGUCCAGGGCAACAGCCCCUACGCCGGUAGACUGGCUGCUAUCGUCGAGAUCAUCGACCACAAGCGCGCUCUGGUUGAUGGACCUUCAGCGGACCCCAAUCUGGUUGUUCCCCGACAAGCCAUCUCCUUCUCCGACGUGCUCCUAUCCGACCUGAAGAUUCAGAAGUUGCCCCGUGCCGUCCGAACAGGAACCCUGAAGAACGCGUGGGAGAAGGCCGAGAUCGACGCCAAGUGGAAGGAGAGCAAGUGGGCUAAGCGAAAGGACCAGACCGAGCGAAGAAAGGCGCUCACCGACUUCGACCGAUUCAAGGUCAUGCGACUCAAGAAGCAACGACGAUUCGAGGAGCGAAAGGCCUUGGCCAAGGUUAAGGCAUCCGCAUGAGCGGGAGAAGGAGCAUGAGGGGGACGGAGUGGUUGGUUCUAUUACAACGGUCUCUUUCAGCUAGAAGAGGAGGGUAGUCUACGGAUCUGGUCUGCAUGAAAUGACACAUUGGCAUGGGGUUGCUGGUUUCUUCUGAUUCGUCUGGCAAGACCUGUAUGUCACUCAUAAAAAAUCUCGAUGAGGUGACCGGCGUCAAUGAUAAGGGAAAUUCACACAAGAACCUGAGGCUGUCUUCAACGUGAUUACAUCUUGGUCGGGUGAUAUUUGCGCUAGCUAUCGCGUGGACGUACCCGUACCCGGAUUCUCGAGGUUGCGUCAGUGUAGAUUCGAUACGCAAGUUGACAAAAUACCAAAAGAAAGAAAACGAAAUCUCCGAGGGUCCCUAAUAACCACAAGUUUACCUCAUUGCAUUGUACCUACAUACUAUUCUUUGUAAAGUUCUCACGUCCCAAAUGGAGAUAGGCAAGACAAAUAUUUGUAUAAGAUGUUUAAAAAGUACCAAAC